AUGAAAAUUUAUGACGUACAGGAAAAUGCUUCUGUUGGAUACGUUCUUGGCAAAUCGAAAGUAGCGCCUACCCAAGGACAUACCAUUCCAAGACUAGAACUGUGCGCGGCUGUUCUGGCUACUGAACUCGGUCUAUUUAUAUCCGAACACGUCGAUGUUGUGUUUGACGCCACCUACUACUAUACCGACAGUCAGGUAGUACUAGGGUAUGUAUUUAACGACACGCGCCGUUUCUUCGUUUAUGUUGCUAAUGGGAUUGACAAGAUUCUGAAGUUAUCUUCCAAACAGCAGUGGAGUUUCGUUUCUAGUGAAUGUAACCCUGCCGAUAGUGCGACUAGGCCAAUGCGUGCGAAAGACGUUGGAAAGUCAGUGUGGUUGAACGGACCCGUUGACGUCAUGAGUGAUUUGCAAAGUUCGUAUAGAGACCAAGUAUUUCCGUUGAUCGGUAACGACGACGGUGAAAUAACGUUCGUCAACGACACAAAUGUCAUGAAAACUCACGUUCGGAAGGACUUCGCUCUCGACUCUGACCGUUUCGCGAGAUUUUCGUCAUGGACUAGGUUGGUUAGUGCAAUAACCUUACUGAAACAAGUCGCGCAUCGUCAUCACAACGGAACAGACAAUCCAGACGUGUUGCGUUUUGUUAACGAUUCAAAGAACCUCAUACUGAAGGUUGUUCAACAAGAGUUUUAUUCGAUGGAAAUCGACUGUUUGCAGAAAGGACUGCCGUUAAACAGGAACAAUUCUUUGUUGAAAUUGUCGCCGUUUCUAGACGACGAGGGGAUCCUGAGGAUUGGUGGUAGGAUUCAGAAUAGUGACAUUGACUUACCUGGAAAUGAUCCGAUCAUUGUCCCAGCAAAACAUCGCGUAGCUACUCUAAUCUUGAGAUAUUAUCACGAGAUAUCGGAACACCAAGGCCGACAUAUUACGGAGGGUAAAAUACGUUCUUCUGGUUAUUGGCUAUUGGGAGGAAAGCGAUUAAUUUCCUCUAUUUUACAUCACUGUGUCGUGUGCAGGAAACUCCGAGGAAAGUUUGUGGAACAAAAAAAAGUGUACUUUUACCGCAGGAUCGUUUGA